AUGCUACUUGAUCAUCGUGCCGGCAUGGACGCGCGGGACUCAGAUAGUGCAACCCCGUUGAUGAGAGCUCUAGAAGCAGGGGCGGGCGAAGUGGCCAUGAUGCUCAUCCAGCGUGGAGCGGACAUCUAUCUUGCCGAUUUUGACGGGAGGAGGGCCAUACACAUUGCUUCCGAAAAGAACCUGGAGAGAGUUGUCCGUUGUCUUCUAGCCAAGGACGUAGAUCCCGAUGCGCGAGACUACCUCGGCGAAACCCCGCUUAGCUAUGCCCUGCGGAGGGAAGACAGGGAAGAGAAGCCGGCCGAUACGGCCGUCAUCCGGUUACUGCUCGGACGCGGGGCAAACCCCUGUAUAGGCCGGACCAAUUCCGGAUCGACACCACUGCACAUCGCCGCCGCGAACAACCUGACCGCAGAGCUGUAUCUGCUCGCGGCAGCAGCGACAAAGCCGCCCACACAGGAGGCCCUCGAGUUGAAGACCAACGAACAGUUUGCGGAGACGCCACUCUGGCUUGCCUCAAGGAACGGACACACCGACUCGGUCAACAUCCUCCUAGACCACGGAGCAAACCCGUCAACCAGCUGUGACCACCCAGACUGCCCGACACCCCUCUGGGCAGCCCUCGAGGCCGGCCACCUCGAAUCCGCCGCCGUCCUCCUCUCCCACGGCGCCGACCCCAACGCCCGCGACCCCUCGGGCCAAUCCCUCCUCCACAAGCCCUGGGCCCUCACCAACAGGGCCACCCUCGACCUCCUCCUCACCCACGGGGCCGACCCAGACCUCCAAGACCCCAAAGACGGGAACAGGCCCCUCCACCACGCCAUCCUCGCGGGCUCUCGCCCGGCCGCGGCACGCCUCCUCGCCGCGGGCGCCGACCCGGACGGCGUCAACGCCAAGGACGAGACGCCGCUGAUGACGGCCUGCAUGACGGGGCGGCCGACUCUCACGCUCCUGCUUCUCACAGUCAAUACUACCACUACCACCAGUAACAACAACAACAACAACAACAACAACAGCGACAGCACCGGGUCCAAGGUCAAAAAGCCAGCCGACAUCCACCGCACCACAGCCUCCGGGUGCGACGCGCUCUACUGCGCCGCGAUGGCGGGGGACAUGCUAUCGGCGACGGCGCUCGUAGCGCGCGGCGCGGCCCCGGACCGGCGCAACCGGAAGGGGAACACGGCGCUGCACGUGGCGGCGCGGACGGGCCGGCUGGAGAUGGCGGUGUGGCUGUUGGCCAACGGGGCGGACAAGGGGCUCAGGUCGACGGUGGCGUUCGAGGGGCUCGGGGCCGCGGGGACGCCGGCCGAGGUGGCCAGGGAGGCGGGGGAGGUUGGGGUGGCGGAGGUGAUUGAGGGGUUUGGGGAGGGCGGGGAGGUGAAGUGGGGGUUGGAGAUGGUUUUGACGAGAAAGGAUGUGGGCGCAAAGUGGGGGAAGAUAAAGUGAUGGGAAUAGUUUAGCUGUUUAGGUUUGUCUUUGCUGUAUAUACAUGUGUACUUGAACUAGAAAAUGACGGACAAUGGGGGACUUCUGAGGAGUUAAAAUGGAAGACACAAAAAGGUUCUCGGUUCUCCAGAGCUGUCACGGGCUUGAGAGUCUGACAUGGGCGUCAACCUCGCUCGAAUGAAUAACAAAUAUUUGUAAUAGGGGAGGUAUCAUGGAAGGUGUCGGCCAACACAAAAUCUAGAAGAAGAGGCUAGAAGAGCAAACAUCCCCCCUCGCCCCCGCCCAACUCAGAAAUCGCUCGC